CUGUAUAUCUAGCUUCAUCCUGAAUGAACAUCAGUUUGAAGAUGUCACUUCUCAACGUCUCCGACCCAAACCUUGACUCUGUCAACUCUGACCUCGUAGCCCCUAGCGCUGUUAUGGGGCUGUGCUGUGUGAUUGGAGUCUCUGGCAACAUCGCAGUGGUUUCGGUGAUACUGUGCAAUCGCAAGAGUGGGGAUUUAAACUUCACUCUGAAGCUGAUGCUGAACCUGGCUUUCUCCGACAUCCUGUCCCUCCUCACGCUGCCCAUGUGGAUUUACACCUGGCUGUAUGGCUGGAGCUUUGGCCUCGGUAUGUGCAAACUGGUCUCCUAUGUGGUCAUCGGCAGCUUGUACGUCAGUGUGCUGACGGUCACCCUGAUGAGCGUGCAGCGCUACCUGGCUGUGCUGUACUCUCAGGACUGGGCGAGGCUGCGUAGGACAGGUAAGAGGCUCCUCCUGGUUGCCUUGUGGGUGCUGGCGGGAGUCCUCGCCUCACCAGCGAUCGUUCUGGGGGACGUGGUCGGUGAAGAGAUGCAAUGCAGAUGGCACUACAGAUCGGACGCAGAGGAAGUGGCCACCUUGCUCAUGGAGACCCUGCUGGGGUUUGUCGUCCCUUUCUCCAUCCUGCUCACCUCUUACUUCUGCCUCCACAAGAAAGUGAACCAGACCGCCUUCUUCAGCAGCCAGAGGAUGACCUGGCUGGUGACCAGCAUCGUGGUCACCUUCUUCAUCUUCUGGUGCCCCGUUCACAUCACCAACAUCCUGAAAAUCUCUGCAAUCUUGCUCGAAUCCGAAAGUCUUAAGGCGUUUGCGAAGGUCAGCGCGGGCUACACCCAGGCUCUGACCUUCCUCAACUGCUGUGUGAAUCCCUUUCUCUAUGCCUUUGCUACCCGCUGCCGUAAGGAGAGCACAGAGCAGUCUGCAACAUCACAGGCCAUUUCAAUGUCCACUUUAUAACUCCCAGAGGGGCAUCAGUGAUGUCAGCCCAGUGCGUUCCCUGGGAUAAAAUGACUUAUUUAUAAUCAUUCAUUGUAAUUACUUAUUUACUAUUUGGUGUAAUCAUUUUUGUGUAGUUCCAGUACUAUUUUGUGCGUGACAAAAUAGAACAAAUGUGUAUGUAGCUUAGGUGUUUCCUUACCGUCAAUCUAUAAUCUGAUUUUACAUGAUUUCACCAUUGUGGAAAGUUAUGCAAAAGACACUGCGGCAGGAAAUGAAAUGUUAUUGCAACAGCCGAUGUUAUUUAUACAGUACAUAGCUCUUUAUGUCACACUGUCUGAAGACACACUAGCCCUAAGCUCCACUUAUUGUGAUAAUAUUUUAGUAAUAGCCUGUUGAAAUUAUUGCUCCUGUGAUAUUAGAUGGUUUAUGGCUGUUCUAGCUUAUUUGGACAUAACGUGAAUAAAACAUAUUAAAACUCUUUUUUGUAAAUUGCUCUUCUACACAUUUUAGCCGUAAUUUUCAUAGUAUGAUGGAAUAGGUACAGUAUGUUUUCAAUGAUAAUUUUGAAUGAUCAAUUCAAUUAAGAUGCAAAAAUUGUUAUUCUUCAAUGCUUAUAUUUUUACAUUUUUUUCUUGGUGACUGCUUAUUGCGCUACUAGUUAAGCAAUACAUAUGUUCUUGUCUUGUAAAUGCAUUUGUGGUAUCUUUCCACUAUUUCACUGAAAUCUCUGGAUUUGUGUAUAAAAACCAAUUACGUAAUGCCUUUUUACUAUAUCUUAUUUAUUUACAUUCAGUAAUGGAUUAGAUCAUUGGUUCUCUACCACGGUCUUGGGCACCCCGUAUGUGUGCUGUUUCUCAUUCUAACCAGAGAAUUUAAACUCAGUUCAGUGCUUUUCAUGUUUCUGAGGGGAUUAUUUACGUUGUUAAGCCACAUUAUGCCAGAAAUACAUAUAUAUGCGUGCCAUGAAGAAUAAAAGUCCCAUAUUCACAUUUUUAUACUGCAAACAAUUACAUAAAGACAGGCCAAAUGUUUUAACUGAUCAUAUGAAAGACUGGUGUGAAUCAAUGGGCUCCAAAGUGGUGAAAGUUUGGACACUAAAACUAACCAUUUGGCAUAUAAUGAAGAAGUCAAAGACAAAGAAAAUGAUAAUGAGCUAACCAUUCAUUGUGUUAAUAAGUUUAAGGAAAUAAAAAGAACUUGAAAACAUGUUUGAAAUAUAGCACAAAAAAAUCACAAUGUGAACAUAGAGCAUUUAUUUUUCAUGGCAUGCAUUGCAUUUCUGACAAAAUUUGGCUUAAGAGGGUAACUAAUCCUAAAUAUGAAAAGCCCCAAAUGAAGAAAAAUGAACGGCUUGUUAAAAUUCUGGGAUUGCAGUUGUGGUUGGAAUAAGAACCAGCAUACACAGGGGGUCCCCAGGGCUGAGUUAGUGUAUCAGAAGAACCCCGCUUCGUGCAAAUUGUAAAAGUUCACAGAACUGAGUCAUUUGAGGUGCAUUUAAAGAUAAAUAAAAUGGUGCCGCAGAUCA